CGGGUAUUGAGCGCAACAUUUGAGUUCUGAUCAUGCGAGCGUUUACAGUGUUUAGUUUGUUAGCAGUUUCACUGGCCUUGAGCAACGGCUAUGGAGUAUCACAUAGCGGUGGAGGGUCCGGUGGACUAGGUUUAGGUCUUGGACUUGAUAUUGGUGGUAAAGGCGGCCUUUUGGGUCUUGGCUUAGGAGGUGGCGCGAGUUUGAGUUCGGCAUCCGCUAAUGCGGCAAGCAGUUCCGGUUCCGGUUCAGGUUAUGGUGGCAGCGGUUAUGGUGGAAGUGGAGCCGGUGGCGCAAGUGCUGGUGGUUCUGCGUCGAGCGGGCUUGGACUGGGUCUAGGCCUUGGCGCUGGUCUGGGUGGCAGUGGUGGGCAUGGUGGGGCUAGUGCUGGAGGCUCAUCCGGUGCAGGCGCUGGUGGUGGCUUUGAUGGAGGCGCUGGCGGCUUAGGCGGCGCUGGUGGUUAUGGCGGCGGUAAAGGCGCAUCUGGUGGAUACGGUUCAUCUGGUGCUUCCGCUGGUAGUUCAGCCAGUGCUGGCGCAGGCGGCGGCGGCGGUGGCGGAUUUGAUGGAGGUCUUGGCGGUGGACUCGGUGGUGGUUCAGCCAAUGCUGGCGCCGGAGGUGGAUUUAAUGGAGGCUUUGGAGGUGGACUAGGUGGCAGUAAAGGUGGUGCCGGAGGAUAUGGUUCAGCUGGUGGGUCCGCUGGUGGUUCAGCCGGUGCAGGAGGCUUUGGAGGUGGACUAGGUGGUGGUGCCGGUGGUUCAGGCAGUGCUGGCGGUAAUGGUGGCGGCAAAGGCAAUGCCGGCGGAUAUGGUUCAGCUGGCGGAUCCGCUGGUGGCUCAGCCGGUUCCGGCGCCGGUGGUGGUUUUGAUGGAGGCUUCGGAGGUGGAUCUGGCGGUUUCGGCGGCAAAGGCAAUGCCGGCGGAUAUGGUUCAGCUGGCGGAUCCGCCGGUGGCUCAGCCGGUGGUCAAGGUAGCGCCGGCGGACAUGGAUCAGCAUCGGCCGGUGGUUCGGCUAACUCUGGCGCUGGAGGUUUCGGAGGUGGACUUGGUGGUGGCUCUGGCAAUGCAGGAGGCGCUGGUGGUUUUGGCGGCGGUAAAGGUGGUUCCGGAGGACAUGGUUCAGCUGGUGGUUCUGCCAAUGCUGGCGCCGGAGGUGGAUUUGAUGGAGGCUUUGGAGGCGGACUAGGUGGCGGUUCAGGCGGCGCUGGUAGUUAUGGUGGCGGUAAAGGUGCUGCCGGAGGACAUGGUUCAGCUGGUGGAUCCGCUGGUGGUUCAGCCGGUUCCGGCGCAGGUGGUGGUUUUGAUGGAGGUUUCGGAGGUGGACCUGGAGGUUUUGGCGGCGGUCAAGGUAGCGCCGGCGGACAUGGAUCAGCAUCUGCCGGUAGCUCGGCUAACUCUGGCGCCGGAGCUUUCGGAGGCGGACUUAGUGGUGGCUCUGGCGGUGCAGGAAUUGGUGGUAGUUAUGGCGGCGGUAAAGGUGGUGCCGGAGGACAGGGUUCAGCUGGUGGUCCUGCCGGUGCCAGCGCUGGAGGCGGAUUUGACGGAGGCUUUGGAGGUGGAUUAGGUGGAGGAGCUGGUGGUGCUGGAGGUUUCGGUGGUGGAAAAGGUGGAGCUGGAGGACAAGGUUCAGCAUCAGCAGGUGGCUCUGCUGGAAUUGGAUUUGGUGCCGGUGGAGCCGGUGGUUAUGGCGGCGGUAAAGGCGGUGCUGGUGGAUUUGGAUCUGCAGGCUCCGGCGGAGGUGCCGGUUUCGAUGGCGGCUUUGGUGGUAGUGCUGGCGGCCAAGGUGGCGGUCACGGCCAUAGAAAACACGGACAACAUGGUCAUGGCGCCGGCGGUCCUGGUUUAGGUCUCGGUCUUGGUCUUGGCCUAGGUGGAGGUUUGGCCGGACCUGGCAGUUUCGGUGGCUCCGGCGGUUUUGGUGGCGGUAGUGCUGGUGGCGCCGGCGGCAGUGGUGCCGGAGGUUUUGGCGGCAGUGGUGCUGGAGGUGCCGGUGGCUAUGGCGCUGGUGGUCGUGGUGGUGCAGGUGGUUAUGGCGGCAGUGGAGGCUAUGGUGGUGCAAGUAGUUCUGCUCAUUCGUCAGCAUCGUCGUCAGCAUCAGCUUCAGCAUCGGCAUCAGCAUCGUCAGGUUCCUUCAAAACAGGAUAUGGCCGAUAAGCAACACUUAGCUUUCCCAUUUACUCGCAUAUAAGUACUACAUAAGUUUUUUAGAAAAGCAGAGAUUUUUUGUGUUCUAUUAUAAGUAGAAAUAGCAUUGUAAAUUCGCAUUGUGAUUGAGAACAAAUGAAAUAAUUUUCAAUAAAGUAAUUUUUAACGACUUUUAAAA